AGUGCUUCCGGUUCUUGGGAGUGUCAAAUUUUUCCAACAAUUUCCACUUUCUAACUUAGUAAUCAUGUCGAAAUUGAAGAAAAUUGUUGAAGAAGUUAAGGAGCAUGGCUCCACUGAACUAGAUGCUAUCGAUAAAAGCAUCGUAAACCUGCUAGAUAUUCCAGGAAUACUAAAUCUGCAUCAACUGACACGUCUUACACUAAGUCAUAACAAGAUGGUUGUCAUACCACCAAGUAUUGCCGACCUAGUCAACUUGGAAAACCUGAACUUCUUUAACAACCAUAUUGAGGAACUUCCAACUAGCAUCAGCAGUUUACCAAAAUUGAAGAUUUUAAAUCUUGGCAUGAACCACCUAGACAACUUGCCCCGAGGCUUUGGUGCUUUCCCCAUGUUAGAAGUGCUUGAUCUGACCUACAACAAUCUCACAGAAAGGAGCUUCCCUGCUAAUUUCUUCAUCCUAGAUACUCUACGAGCCCUGUAUCUUGGUGACAAUGACAUGGAAUAUGUGCCUCCAGAAAUGGGGCGGCUGAAAUGUUUACAAAUAUUGGUGCUGAGAGAUAAUGACCUUGUUGCUUUGCCAGCAGAACUCGGUGACCUCACACGUCUGAAGGAACUCCAUCUCCAGGGAAACAGAUUAACUGUUUUGCCCCCAGAAUUAGGUAAUCUUGACCUUGUCGGAAUGAAGCAAGUCUUCAGAGGUGACAACAACCCCUGGGUCAUCCCAAUAGCGGACCAGUUUCAGCUUGGUGUCUCACAUGUCUUUGACUACAUCAGAUCUGAUACAUACAAAUAUCUCUACAACCGUCAUAUUCAAGCUGGGGCCGCCCCACCACCCAGGACGGCGGACAAGAGCAAGAAAGUGAGCCGAAAACGUUGAGAAGUGUUCAAAAAGAAUCUCAAAUAUUGGUGCUUAAGAAGAAGUUUCAGGGGCCUCUUUUACACAUGAAAGACUAUGGGUGUAGGGUGAGGGGUUUUAUCCUACACAGGGCAAAAUUGUUCAAUUUUCUGCGUGGAAUCUGCAGCAGUUGAUUGAAAAAUCUACAAACACCAUUUUUCGUAUAAAAUACAUGUGGACAAUUUUGCCUGGUGUAAGUUCUCCUCUUCUUAAUUAGUUUGAGUUUUUGAAGACUAAUAUAACAGUCAUACCCAGCUGUUUAGAUUAUUUGAAAUACCUUGAUGGGGAAUCUCGGCAAGAAACAAAAAGUUUGAGGAAACAAAGCACUUGCACUUUUUUAUCAUCUCAACCAAAAUUUUGCAAAGUUUUAAAAAGAUUCCUCAAAAUUUUGUUGUUAUUCAGAUUCAUGUGAAAUGCCAAUUUGGUGUCAAAUUAUUACUAAUGUACUAUUUCAUUGUUUUUGUUGUUUUUAUAUGUUUGAAUGCAAUGUUCUAUCAUGAAAUAUACUGAAUCUGUUUUGAGUUAUUUGACUUCAUAAUACAUGUAGUUCUGAACAUAAGAAACAUUUUUAAUGAGGAAGUGGACUUCUGAUGAGUCCUUACAGAUGGCGCAGUGAGUCGCAUACCUUUUUAAGGCCCAUCAGAACUUUGUAACAACAAUGCCCAACAGCAUUCGACCACACAUGACACAUGCCAACAGAGACAGCAAAUGGCGUCGCAGUCUAAGCACAACAAUGGGGUGGAUGUUGCUGGUUACUUUUGCUGUGGUUGUUUCAACACCUUUGUUGUAUUUCCGUAGUAAAAGGAACCUUUCUAUGAGCCCUGAAAUGUGACUCGCAGCGUGCCCUAGCAGAUUCGAUUGACCACUAUAUCCUGGUUUAAUUGUGGAUGUGACAGCCAUAGACAGCAAUGUUCAAUAAGUUUUAUAUACACCAAUGUUGAAGAAGGCUUUUGAAGUCAGAUUCUCUAAGUCUAGUGGUAGUCCUAUUGUAAUUAUUUAAGCAUAUAUCGAUGUAUCUAGUGAAAUGCAUGAUCACCUUCUUAAAUGGUGUAUUAAAUGCAUGGACACCUUCUGUAAUGGUGUAAUGAAAUGCAUGAACACCUUCUGUAAUGGUGUUGUUUUAGUGAUGCACUGUUGAACUUGAGAUUACUAUCACUAUUGGUAUUGCUUGUAACUUUGUCUUGAACUUUCAGGAGCAUGUGAGAUUGAGCCUUCCAAUGAGUGUUUUAUAAACAAUUUCUUAUCAAAGUUAAAUUGAUUUUUCUGUCCUUGUCAAAAGAAAUUAAAAUUUGUCUAGAAAGGCUUACCAGUACUUCUUCCGUCUUGUCAUAUUGGAUAUUUUAUAAGUAUUAAAACAUACUGUAUUGUUAA